GUCUUCAUGGGAAGGUCAAGAUUCUGGUGCGAUGAAGCGCUACAAACUCCACGAGACCAGAAUAGCCGCGGUGCAGCGAGGUGCAGAGCAUGUGGGAUAUCAGACCUUUGCGGGAGACCCUCCCAUCAUUGCAACUGCUGCUCAGCACUCUAAAAGGAAGCCUACAGCACAUGCUGCAUCCCCCAUUGCUUUGCCAUGGUAUGAACAUGACUCUGAAGCUGACGCCUCGGACGCUGCUAAUUCACCACGGUCCGAUAGGCCACUGGGCCCGCGUGAGGAGGACAGUGACGGUGGUUCUGAUACCUACUCAGAGCCUCCGAUUCCACCAUGCGAUGGUAUUGAGUCAUCUUGUGCUGCUGCGCCCAACGACUGGGAAGAGCGCAUGGCCAGACAGCCAUCCACCUUGGACUCCUUGAAGCAGCUCCCAGGGCUGGUGGUCUUUGGGACCUUCCGAUCCACUGGUGGCAAGGAGGCGUUGAAACGUGCUGGAGAGGUCAUUGUUCAUCGUGGUCCUGCAGCAUUACAAGGUUGCAAAGUCAGGAUUUGGGGCAACAAAACCCGGGGUCCCACUUGGGACUUUGACCGAUGCUAUGUGCAGAUCUUGGAUGCUCGUGUUUGGGGGCCUAGCCGCAAACCAUCACAUGGAAGUGCGAUUGAUGUGGAAAGGAUGGAAUUCUUCGGAUGCAUCUGGCAUGCCAUAGAAUUUGGAGUUCCCCGGCAGAAGCUCUUUGUGUGCAUGAAGCCGAAAGUGGUGCACAAUCCGAAACACGUUGCAUUCAAGCCGAUCAAUGGCAAACUUCCAGCCAUCCAAGUACCCUGGAAAACAGCCUCCAAGCUUCCAGGCGGCCAUGAUUUGCAUGUGGUAGAGGUGUGUGAUUGGAGUGGCGAUAGCUGCCCCAGGGGCCGUUAUUUGAAGGCCUUGAAGAUGAAAUCACGCCACACCGACAUGUCCAUCCUCAAGGCAGUUCAGAUCUCCCUGAAUUUCUGUGACUGGCCGCGGGGCGAUCCAAGAAACGAGCUGACAGUGGACUUUCCGCAGCCUGCAAGGAGAAGGGUCGCAGAUAGUGGUUUGACCGUGGGCAUCUCACAUCCAGAUCUACCCACUGGCAUGCUGAUGUCCUGCGGCGAGGACGAAUUCUACAUGCACGUGCUGGAUGUGAACGCGUAUUUGGAUGCUCUGGGGAUGGAGAAGGUGGAAAACUUGCUACGGCAACGGUCGGUCGGAGCAUGGUUUCUGGAUCAUCUCGACAACCCCUUGGAGGCCAACUUGCCGCUCUUUCCGCCUAACAUUGAGGCGCAGCUGACAUUCAAGCCGGGAGUAGAAAGGCAUGCAGUGACCUUCACCAUCCAGGUGCCUGAGUUCAAAGUCUCCGCAGUGGACGAAACGACUGUGCGAUGCAAUCAUAUUCUGAGCCCCCAGGAGGCUGGAGUCAUGAUCCUCUCGGACAAGGGAGGUGAUGUUGGCCAAGUGCUCCGAAGCCUGCAUUCCCAUAUGGCGGAGAUUGGGAGAGCUGACCUUGCAAGAGGAAACGGGUCCGCCUUGGAACAUUUGUUGGUAGCGGUUUCCAUUCCAGGUCCACUUUUAGCGACGCAGCAACUCUUGCACAGCUGCAUCUCCACGGUGGAGCGUUACAUCGGAACAACUUUGGCUGCUGAUGCCUGGAAAAAGCUCUUGGACGACGAGGAAGAUGCAGAGCUCACGGUGAGAUACGUCCAUGGCCGGGCUGAACCUAGCACACGGAAGGUCAUCGAGCGGUUGCUUCGGGUCAAACAGAGUGACCGAGACAAGGACAUCCACAUAGAAGAUGUGAUAGGGACGCUGAGAGAGAUAUUGCAGCAACCGGGGCUCACGAAUGCGCAGAAGCAUGCCAUGCGCUCUUCCUUCCUCCGGCGUUUGCAUGCUGCACUUCCAGCUGCUUACUACGAGGUCAUCCCAGCAUCGAGUGAAUAUUCCAGUAACACAGGCGAUUGGUGGCAUCCGGAGCCCCGAUUCCACGUUACGUCUCCGUUGCAUCGCUACAUCGACAUUUUGGGGAUGAGAGCUUUGAAGUCUCAGCUUGGAUGGACUGCUUCGAAUCCUCAUCUCCUGCUUUCUCGAAGGGACUUCGAGGAGGCUGUCGCUCGGACCAACUGCAGGAUUGCUGCAGAAAGCUUCGGGCGGCACAUCUUUCGGACCAUCUCCAGGAUGCGAGAGCUGUCUGGCAGUGGCCAGAAGGUUUCGGAUGCCGUGAUUGGAGCAGUUGGCCCUACCUAUAUCAACAUCUUGGUUCCGUCUGAGAAGGCGCACACUUUGGAACUCCAAUUGCCGGUGAGCUCCUUGUGCAGUUCCACCUGUGUCUCAGAGUACGAUGCGGUCACCCAGUCUAUGAAACUCACAAUGCAGAAUGACAGGGAUCAUUUGGAGACCUUGCGCAUUCGCUCAUGGUUUGCCCAACGAAUGACCUGCGUGAUCGCUCGCAACUAUGCCCAGCCCAUCCCGCACCAUGCCAGCCCCAACUCCAUCGUGCUUUGGGAAAUCAAGUUCCACGGAGAGAAGGACUUCAUCUUUCCCACCGGUCUGAAGAGCUUUCCGGAGUCCUUCUCCUCCUGGCCGGACCUCACGGAUUGGCCCUUGCUGGACCGCAAGAUGGAGACCUACUCGCAGGUGUGGUCCCGGAUCAAACUGUGCCAGGUCCACGCUGCAGCACUGUCCAGCGAUGCAUACACCUCAGCAACUUCUGUGAACGACCUGAAGUGGUUCCGCACCAGUGGCGCUUCGCACUUCGAAUGCCAAGUCGAGGUGAAGCUAUUGCAGUACCAACGGCUCCAGCCAGGCGAUUUGGUGGUUCUAAGCUUGGAGCGUGCUUGUAGACCCAUCAGCUUACAGGGAAUCCUUUUGAAGGCGAAGGGAACAAAUCAGAUGCAGGCUGUGGAAGAUGGCAAGAAGAGUUUCAUUGUCCAGGUGGAGCUAUCAAAAAUAUCCGAGCUUUCCCGGCAAGCACAGGAUUUCAGCUUGGAUGGUGCUUCAACUUGGCGUUUGCACUUCAUUUUGAUCCCUCCCAACGAGAAGAAAUGCAUCCAACUGCUGCAAGACAUGCCAAGGUCUUGCCCGUUGCAAGGCAUGCGCUUGACCAUUCCGAGAAGCACGAAGGAAAUCAAAAGGGAGAUGGAGAUGCGACCCUUGGUCAGUAUCUCAGAGGUGACGCAUGCAAUGCACUCGACCUCCAAAAGCAAGCUGAAUGGAAAGCAGACGUUGGCCAUUCAGAGGGCCCUGCAGAGGCCGUUCUCAAUGGUUCAAGGGCCUCCAGGGACGGGCAAGACCUCCAUGCUCGUUCAGUGCGUUGCUGCUCUCUUGACAGCCUCAAGACCGCGUUGGAAAGAUGGCCGAAUCUUGGUCUGUGCACCAUCCAAUCACGCGGCCGACCACAUCUUGGACAGAUUGAUGAGUGCUGGCAUACCGCCCCACUACGUGACGCGAGUAUAUUCGAGGUUUAUUGAAAGAUGCCAUGGAAGCGGGUACAAGGGUGGGACAACGAAGUCAGAGGGAAGGUUUGAGAUUCAACCGCACCUCCAAGAACACGCACUCCACUGGAAAGUGAGUCAGUCCCCCAAGGUGAAGUUUCUCCCCUGGGGAAGGAGUCAAUACACCUUCAACAAAUCUUAUGAAUCUGGAGAGGUGCAAAUCCUUCGUGAUAGCCGCAUUGUGAUCACAACAUGUAUGAGUGCUUAUCUCCACACAGCUCUGGUGAAGGGCGAACCGCCCCACGUGGUUCGCCCAGUGAGCUUCGACAGCAUCGUCAUCGACGAAGCGGCGCAGGCCAGCGAACCAGACAUCGUCCUGCCGGCCACGUCAGCCAACUGCCGUGUCAUCGUGGUGGGAGAUCACAAACAGUUAGGCCCUGUGGUGACAGAGCACAACUUGUGUGCUCCUUAUGUCAGCGCUUUGGAGACUCCGUUUUUGGAGAGGAUGCACCAAAACUCUCAGCGCUCAAUGACGAGCACCAUGCUGAAUGAACAGUAUCGAAUGCACCCGUCCAUCCGGAGCUUUCCGUCAUCGCAGUUCUAUGAGUCUAUGCUGGAGGAUCGGGUGUCAAUCUCUCAUCGGCCGCAGCUGAACGGCAUCUGGCCACAGAAGAAGGAUCAUCGGAUCUUCAUCGAUUGCCAGACGCCGCAAUCCAUGGGCCUCUCGCCAGAGCUGACUGGCACCUGUGAUGUGGCGUUGAUGGAGAGCAAGGUGUCCCUUAAAAACGUGGGAGAAGCUCGAUCAGUGGUGGCCGCCUGUGCAGCGCUGCUGCGGCAAAGGUGCGAUCCACGAGACAUUGCUGUGAUCACGCCAUACAAAGCCCAGCAACAUGAGAUUCGUGCCAGGUUGGCAAGAGACAAAGAUGUUGGCUCUCACUCAAAGUCCAUCUUGGUGGGCACCGUGCACGCUCUGCAGGGCUCCGAGCGCGAGUACAUCAUCGUGAGCUUCGUCCGCAGCACCUCGCAGGACGAGGAGGUCGUCACAUCCGUGGCGAAGACAGCCGGAGACUCCGUGGCGCUGCAGGAGAUGUACCAGACAAGUCUGGGCAUCCUCGAGAACUACCGGGUGUUGAAUGUGGCCAUCACCCGAGCUAAGUAUGGCCUCAUUUGCCUCGGGAAUGCAGAUGUUCUGAGCAAAGGAUCCAAGGAUUUCAAUGCCUUCAUUCACAGCUUGAGGAGCUGCAGAUGCAUUCUGAGUCAAAAGGACUUCAAAGAAUCGGUCCGCAAAAGGAGGGCGUGA